GCUUCUCUGAACAUGCUGGUCUUUGGAUUGAUACUGACAUCAUCAACGAUAGGAAUGAUCCAUCUCAGAAUGAUACAUUGAUAGCACAAGCUGUGCCAAGCAUCACUGAGUUGUGGAGGAUUCUGUUGUUGACGGAGCAAGACAGCGAGGAGAAACUGAAGACAUGGUACUUUUCUCAACUUCAGACCCUCAAGCAACACAUUGACCAGCUGCCCAUCACAGAGAACUACUCCCUCCAGACGGACAUGGCACGUCGGCAGCUGGAAUACGAGGCCCGGCAGCUGCGGGAGGUCAUGCAGCAGCGGCUGGGUGCAGCAGACGACAUCGGGGACCGACACGAGGCCCGCAUGCAGCGACUCUGCCUGAUUGAACGAGAGAUGCAGCGGUUACAGCAGCGGCGAGAACGUCUGGAACGAGAUGCAGCACAGGAAAACGCUGGACACAAUGGAAGCAAAGACCACCACAACUCAUCUUUAAACGAAACCAACGCUAACGACACCCGCCGCUCCAACUCUCCCAAGCCUAGCACUCACCACACCCCCGAGACCAAACCCAAGGACCCAAAGCAUCUCAUGAACCACCUGCCCAAUGGCAUGAAUCCUGCAGUCCUCUCAGGUGCCGUCAAUUCGGCCGAGAGCGACAGCCCAUACGCGCACCUGUCGGCGGACGGAACGGUCCAGCAGAUGGUUGGCAGUGAGGGCCAUAACAACACUGGGCCAGUCAUACCGCCCACCAUGCUCCACGGCACGUGGCCAUACGUAGGGGGCGCUAUGGCCAUCCACCAGCGACACGUUAUGAAGAGCAGCACCACCAACGCGACAUCUUCCUCCUCAGAGCAAGAGACGUCCAGCGUGAUGAGCUUCAGCAGUUCGGCGUGCUCGUCGGGGCUGGGUCGGAGGUUACAACCGGGUCAACUUGGUGCCAAGGUUGAGAUGGUAUACUCUCUGCUUUCAAUGCUUGGAACACACGACAAGGAUGAUAUGUCCCGGACGCUGCUUGCCAUGUCUAGUUCACAAGACAGCUGCAUUGCUAUGAGACAGUCAGGUUGUCUCCCUCUCUUGAUUCAGCUCCUUCACGGUCCAGACAAGGACUCCCUUCUCGGAGAACGCGGCAGUAAAGAGGCUCGCGCCCGUGCUGCCGCCUCCCUCCACAACAUAGUCCACUCCCAUCCGGAGGAGAGGUGCCGGAAGCAAGAAGCCCGGGUGCUGAGGCUGUUGGAGCAGAUCCGGGCCUACUGCGACUCGCUACGGGAGACGGAUGGGGAAGAAGCUUCUAAACCUAGCGCUGUUGACACCAAUCCAGGUCCAUCAAUGGCUGCUCUCAUGAAACUGUCCUUUGAUGAGGAACACAGAAGUGCAAUAUGUCAACUAGGUGGGUUGCAUGCCAUAGCCGAUUUGCUGCAAGUGGACUAUGAAUCGAAUGGCAACACGAGUGACCAAUAUGCCGUAACUGUUCGCCGCUAUGCCGGCAUGGCUCUCACAAACUUAACGUUUGGUGACGCAGCGAACAAAGCCCUCUUGUGCUCCAUGAAGGGCUGCAUGCGAUCGUUGGUACUCCAGCUGGCCUCAGAUAAUGAGGACCUGAGGCAGGUGGCCGCCAGUGUCAUCCGUAACCUGUCCUGGCGGGCCGACUUGGCUAGCAAGAAGGUCUUAAGAGAGGUCGGUGCAGUGGUGGGCCUCAUGAAGUGCGCGCUGGAAGUCGAAAAGGAAUCCACACUGAAGAGCACGCUUAGUGCCCUCUGGAACCUCUCGGCCCACUUCACAGAGAACAAGGCUGACAUCUGCGCAGUGGAAGGUGCCUUGGAGUUUCUGGUGGCAACGUUGACUUAUAAGAGCCCCUCUAGGACGUGGGCCGUGGUGGAGAAUGGUGGUGGGAUCCUUCGCAAUAUCUCUAGCCAUGUGGCCACUAACGAGGUCUACCGUCAGGUGCUGAGAGACCACAACUGCAUGCAGGUGUUACUGCGUCACCUUAAAUCCUCCAGUCUGACCAUUGUCAGUAAUGCCUGCGGGACACUCUGGAACCUCUCAGCCCGGAACAAAUACGACCAGGACCUGCUCUGGGAGCUUGGGGCUGUCAGCAUGCUUAAGAACCUGGUGCACUCCAAGCACAAAAUGAUCGCCAUGGGCAGCUCAGCAGCCCUUCGGAACCUCAUGUCGGCCCGGCCAGACCUCCUGAAUGCCAGUGAGAAUCACAAGGAGGGCCAACCAACACUGCACGUCCGCAAGCAGCGUGCACUGGAGGCAGAAAUCGAUAAAAAUCUCAGGGAAACGUAUUCCAGUAUGGAGAAGGACUGCCAUGCCAUGCAGCGGCGGAUACCUGUGCGUAGUCAGCACCGGUCACCCCAGAGUUCAGCUGACUACUCGCCCGUGCCGCAGCGCAUUGCGAUCUGGAACCCCCAACAGUCGCCCACCCAUGAACUGAUCUUGAGUCAGCAUCGAGAACGCUCACAGUCUCCGACCUCACGGCAGGUGAACUCUAGGGAAGGUGGGCCGGCCCAUGCUCCUCACCCCCACCCAAGGGACCAGGACCCUAGGAAGUUAUCCUCUGGUCUAGACGUUGAGCACAAUCGGGCAGAUGAUGGCUCCCAGCAUUCCUCUAGACCUGGAUCCUUAGACAGCAAUCAUAAACGGCAGAUGGGAAGCAGCAGGAUUGCUCAGGUGAUGCAGGAGGUUGCCAUGCAUGCUGGGAUUGAUAUGUCUUCAGCUUCUCAAGAACCACACCAAUACCUAGAUCAGCAGUCGCAGGAGUGCACUGAGAGAGAAGCCCCCUCUAGUGUUGAUGUCCCACCAGGUGACAGGUGCGAAUCGAACAGUCAUCCCAACAACUCUUACAAUGCCUUUGGUUUUGGGGGAUUUGACAUGAACGCACGCAGAGCUUCCAAUGACAGUAUUAAUAGUAUAAACAGUGAUAUAUACCCCAUGGGAGCUCACACUAAGCUGCCAUACUCCAAACAGCCGAUGGAUCACUCUCACUCCAUGGACGGGACCGUUAACAAUGCUCUGGAUCAGCACCAGCGGCAACACAAGGCUAUCUUCCAGCGUGUUAAUCAUGAGGACAUGGGCGCCAACAUGGACUCCACUAUCAACUUCAGUCUGAAAUACUCGGAUGAGAGCCUCACACCCGCUCCUAGGACUGGACCGAGGGAAGAGAACUAUCAGCCCAAGCCAGCGCCGGAUUGUGGGCAUUACAAGCAGGGUGGUGGUGGUGAGAGCUGCCCCCAGCAGGGUCAUGAUAACCAACCACAGCCAGUGGUGCUUUGCCAGGAGUGCAAUACCCCUCACAUGCAGAGGGAGGGUAUGGCAGUAGGUCAUGCCUUCGUCCCGCCACCCCAAGCAGAAAGGAUGCAAGGGAGCUAUCCAAAUAACUAUUCCGACCCUCCUGCCGUACAGCGGAAGUUGAUGCCAAUGAAGGACCCCUGUGGUCUUGACUUGGGCGGUGACAUGGAAGAUGAGAAACCUGUAGACUACAGCCGACACAACUUGCCACAUUCAGGACAUCUGAGAUCCAGGUUUAACGAGGAUGAUCAUGAACAUUAUGCCAGUGAUCAGCCAACUGAUUUUACGCAACGCUACAACACAGACUUGCCAGAAUCUACCACCGAGGGGAUCAAUUUUGUCCAAACGUCACUCACGACUGGAACAACUGGGAAUAUCUUCAUGAACAAUGUUGAGAAGCCAGAAGGUCCAAUGGGCAGCCUACCCAACAGCAACACUUCCAGAGAUAACAGUUCAGAAGGGCAGUUGGACCUACUGAGAAGUGACAGUGUUGACACCUCGACGUCGCUCAGUUCAACUCACACAGCAAUAUCCAGGGCCCAUGAUGACAAACAGCAAAUGUACUGUGUGGAGGACACACCUGUGGUCUUUUCUCGCUGCUCGUCACUCAGUUCCCUGGACAGCAACGAGGCCGACCAUCACUUGGACUGUGAAGAGGAAGAGGGGAACCAUUCCAAGGAAGAAUUUGAAGAGUGUCCAAAGGAUAGUGAGCAUAAUGAGCAGGAUGGAGAUCAGAGCAGAGAGGACCCACUCCAGAAUCAAGAGGGUGAGGUGACCACCCAUGAGCCAAUUGAAUCUGGUCUGCAAACGCCAGCAAGCCUGAAUCAGAUCCAGGACACCCCUCUCAUUUUCAGUCGAUGCAGCUCGGUGUCCAGUCUCAGCAGCUUUGAGGUGCAGUCGAUAUGCGACGACCGGAGCUCCUGCUAUAGUGACAGCCGCAGGGCCAGUGAAGUGGUAAGCCCUAGUGACCUGCCUGACAGCCCCAGCCAGACAAUGCCACCAAGUCCCCGACGUGGCCGUAAGCAGAUUCCCGCCCAGACUUCAUCCUGUGAUCCUGAGACUGUAGGGGUGUUACCAGAGUGCGAGGAGAAUCUUGUGACCUAUGCUACAGAAGGCACACCUGCAGAAUUUUCCUGUGCAACCAGCUUGAGUGGAUUAACAAUUGAUGAUGAGGAGAAAGCUAAUGUGACUAGUAAAAUCCAGGAUGAAGAUGAUACUCUUGACUCCAGAGAUUCCAAGAAGAGGAAUGAAAUCAGGAAAGAAACUGAGGUCGAAUCUGAAGAGAUAUCGGAGAGAGAACAAAGCAUGCUCGAUGAAUGUAUUAACUCUGCCAUGCCACCUAAGAAGAGUACCUUGUCCAGCAAACCCAACAAGAUUAGAAGUCGCAAUGUGGUGAAUGUCCGAUCCAUAAAGAGUCCUCAACAGAAUGGCAAACACGUAAGCUUCAGUCAGAACGUUUGCAGUCAGGAGGCUCCCAACCCUUAUGCCACGGAGGAUACUCCAAUCAAUUUCUCAACAGCAACCUCACUGAGUGAUCUUAGCAUUGAGGAUAUAGACAUCCAAGCAACAGGAGAAGGCAAGCUUAAGGUCAACAACCCUCUGUCAAGUAGCGAGACUUCCCCUGAUAGCCAAGAUGCUGCCUCAUCAAAGCCAUUUUAUAAGGCUCAUGGAGCCCAAGGAGAGGAGAUGAAAUCAGAAUCAAGCUCGAUACUUAAUGAUGCUGAGGACUCCAUGCUGGAAGAGUGUAUCAACUCCGCAAUGCCCAAGCCGCGAUUGAACAAAUCCAGAUCAUUGCAGCUAAGCAAGCACCGUUCAGGGAAGAGUCUGUCAAAGCUACGAAGCCCAAAACCCAGCGGACUACCCCGCAAGAGGCUUCCAUCAUCCGGGGUGCGACACAAAAGUCCCUCACCCAUCCCUGAGAUGGGUUCAGAAUAUCAGAAUGCUACUACUUGCCAAGAGAGAGUCCAUCAAUGGCAGAAUGGAUUCGGGGGAACCUCUGACUCUGUCAGGACAUUUUGCACAGAAGGAACACCUCAGCAGUUUUCAACAGCAACAUCUCUCAGUGGUCUCUCCAUGGACUCACAUAACCAAGAAGAUGUGUUAAAUGGCAACGUGACAGAACAGGUUGACGAGAAUGAACCCUCACAAAUGAAACAUAGGCAGACCAGCAGUGGUGCUUCUCAUAUAGAAUCACCCCGGCAGUAUGCGGUGGAAGGCACGCCCAUGUCCUUCUCCAGGAAUGAUUCCCUGAGUUCCCUCAGUUGUGAUGAUGAUGUUGACUUGUCCAAAGAGAAGAGCGACUUGAAAGGUAAAGUGCAAAAGAAGAAAGCUGAUGGGUUAUCCUCUGUCCAAAAUAAACAGUCAGUACCUUCAAGGUCUUUCUCAAAACUCCCACAGCCUUCUAAAAUUCCACAACAGCGGAAAAGAUCUGAGAAACCAGUUGCUAUCAGAGGAAAGACGCCAAAUUCAGAACGGAGUACGUCAAAGGAGCAGCAAUCCAGCCAGCUGGUCAGCAACACCAGUUCCCCAUAUGAUUCCCCUCAAGUUUUUAAUGUUGAAGGAACCCCCAUGUCAUUUUCUAGGAAUGACUCUCUAAGCUCUUUAAGCUGUGAAGAGGAUGCCGAUCUCCACAUUGACAAGAAAAGUCUGAGGGAAUCUCAAAAGUCAAAGCCAACAGCAAAUAGCCAAGGCAAAGAAGGCAAGGCACAGGACACAACAGAGGGGUACAGCAAACAGGAGCAUAUGAGAUUUGGCUGGUCGGGAUCAAAACCAAUCCAAGGUGACAAUCAGGACCACCACACUGAGCGACCAAAUUCCAUAGAGACCCCUGUUAAAUUUGCAGUGGAAGACACUCCAGUUUGUUUUUCAAGAAACUCCAGCCUCAGCUCACUGAGUGACCACGACCAAGAAGAAAACCAACACAAUACCGAAUCACCACAGACAGAGCCAUCCCACACCAAUGUCUUUGCCGUCGAAGAUACCCCCAUCUGCUUCUCACGAAACAGCUCCCUGAGUUCACUGAGCGUAGAGUCCUUGGAUGGUGAGACAAGUGCUGGUGAGCAGGCUCUCCUGGACGAAUGCAUCAGCUCAGCUAUGCCACGCAGUCAUGUCAAGAAGUCAAAUCGAAGGCAUGGCAAAGCCAACAGGAUGAAUGAAACUGGAGAAACUGAGGAUAGGGGGAAGCAAGAAUCUGGCUCAGACAAUCCUGCAAACGACCAUGAUGAUGCAUGCCAAUUCUCUCCUCUGUCUCCAUCAGAAGAUGCUAUCAAUGAGUUCUCUGAAAUGACUGAGAAAUUGCAGGAUGAAGUGAAACCACGCCAAGGUCCAAGAAUCACUAAGCCAGGGGAACAAGGCUCCAAAAUGCAACCUGAAACUACAGAGAAGGGGGUCAGAGGUGGACGAAAGACCUAUAAAAGCCCAAUUUCAAAUACCUCUCGCUCUGUGCCAGUCCCCAAAAGUGUCCAGCCAAACAAGACUCAGGCUGCAAAAGUUGGUGCACAGAUAGGAUCUUUAGUCAAUAGUACAGCAACAUCCAAGAACAUUGCGUCAGGAAUGAAAGGUGCCACACCAAAUAGAAGCGGUACCAGUACACCUAUCAGAAGCAGUACAUCAGUGAAGACCACCACUGUAACCAAACGUGAAGCCAGCCCAAAAGGCAAUGCAUCUGGCAAGCCACCGCCUAUCAAUACUGACACAUUCACAAAGAAGAAGAACCUGACUUCAGGUUCCACAGCCACAGCUAGAAGUGUUACACCACAGCUUAAACCAACCCAGGUGACUGGAGCAGCAACCAAGAGUCUUGCAAAUAAACAGAGCACCUCUAAAGUGGCUGCCCAAGGAUCCUCUACGAAAACAAGUCAGCUGAGCAAAGAUGCCGGUCGGUCAACCCCUGCAACAAGAUCAAAUCUCUCUCAGAGGAACUCCCCAACCUCUUCCAGGAACACUUCGCCAUGCUCUCCUGCGAGUCGGUCUCCAAGGGGCUCCAUUAGUGGUCCAAGCCCUCGAGGCACAGCUCAGGCUACCAAAAGUAACUCCCUGAGCCCUGCUAGGAGUCCCAUGUCCUCAAGAACUAGCUCUCCAAGCCCUCAUACUACAGCUGGCACAAGAAAACCACUGAGCGGAGCAACGAAAAAUGCAACCCCGGGCCGAGGGUCAGGAAUCAGCACCUCUCCUUCGCCCAAAUCAGGUCUUCCAAACAGGAGUCUGUCUCCAAGGAACAGUGUCUCCGGAGCUCCACAGAGAAGUACGUCCCCGAGGAACAGUGUAUCGGGCACUGGAGCAAGAAAUGCAUCACCCCGCAGCAGUGUCCCUGGUCUUGGCUCCAAAAACACAUCACCAAGGUCUAGUAUCUCUGAGACAUCAGCCAGGAGUGUAUCUCCAAGGAAUAGUGUGUCUGGCAUCCAGGCACGAAGCGUCUCUCCCAGGAAUAGAACACCAACAAAGACCCCUUUGAAAAAGGCCAAUGGUACCCAAGCAACCAGUGAUAAGACCGCAGGCAGCAGAGCAAAAACUAAUCCUCCCAAGAGUAGCAAUGUGUAUCGAUUGGAAGUUGGGUCUUCCAGACCCACAUUGGUUAAACAGUCAACAUUUACCAAGGAGAGUGCUUCUUUACCUGAGCACACUCCAGAGAACACAAUGGGGGUUGAGUCAGAACCAGAAAAAGUCAUUGAAGAAACUGACGAGAAUGAAGGUGCUGUUGAAAAUGAUGUCUUCACCCCACAUUAUGACAAGGAGGAUGACAAUGAAGAUACCAUGGAGGAAGAGAAGGCAGAUCCUGAACCUGUAAUUUUAUCAGGUGGUUGGAGAAGGGUGUCUGUUGAAACAGACACCCAGCAGAGUACCCAAGAGACAGCUCAGAAACCAUCGGGCUCUACAAAACCACAACCCUCUGGCUGUACUGUGAAAACGCCACCCACAACUAAAAAAUUGCCACUCAGCUCUGUCAAGCCUGUAACCAAAACUUUGCCAUCAGAGAAGACUCCAAAUGCUGCAAAGAACUCGCCUGCACCCACUCGAAAGUUUGAGAUGGAAUCGGAUGCCAAGCCAUCAUGGAACAGCAGUGUAACAGCUCCAAAGAACUGGGGUAGUCGCAAGAAAGGUAGCAGAUCAAGCAGUCCAGGGAACAGUAGACCGGAAAGCCCAGCCAUCAGUAAAAGUCGAUCACAGAGUCCUGGUUUGAAUAAGAAAAAGUCGAACAGUCCUGCCACUCAGAGAGCUAAACCACAAGUGAAGCAAACUGAAGAACAAAGUAAAAAUUCCCCGAAGACCACUUCUGAGAAAGCACGGGAUUUAUGCAAGGAGCUGGACAUACCAGUUAAAAACUAUGGUGGAAAUGUGACCUCCCCGGUGUCAGACUCUAGCGAUGACAGCAUUUGGGUUAAGAGGGAUGAGGUAUCAGCUCGGAGCAGCAACACUUCUGUCCGACAUAAUGCCUCUACUGUUAGCUUGCAAAGUCAAAACAGUCAAACCAGCUCUGCACGAAGUGUGAAAUCCUCCAACAGUGCCACAAUGUCUUCCAGUUCUGUUUCCUCUAAAAGUGCUCAGAAUCAAAAACCCUCCGGGCAGGGUGCUAAAUCUGUGACUGCCAGCAAACAGGUAAAAGAAAAGGAUGUAGAGAAGAAGGCAGAUAAGAAAAAGUUCUCUUUUUUGAAGCUCAAAAUGAAGGGGAAGAAACCAGAGGCUGAUGAAACUAAGGCGAAAACCAAGGCUGAUAAGAAGCACAAAGCCCAGGGCAAAAGUACGAGCAAGAAUCCAACACAAACCCUGAGCCCCGAGUCGGAUAUCACAAGUCCGGAGGAUGAUCUGGAGACACUCAAUUUGGACCAGCAGUUGGACCAGUUGGGGGUUUGGAACAGCGAUGAUAAUAUCAACAAUGAGAGCAUGCCAGAUGAGUUUAUCGAGUGGGACAGCGAGACAGAUAUCUUUAAGGAAGAACUGCCAGAUGAAUACCUGUUUGAGAGCAGCUCUGACGUGACCAGCAGCCUGCCUAGCCCUGACAGCCCAUGCAAGGGUGCUUACCAGAUUGAUAAAGGGAACCGCACAGAUGACAGCCCCUCGCCAGAAUUCAAACAGUUUCGUCUGGAGAACCGGCUCAACUCCUUCAUCCGAAUGGACUGCAACGAGAAGGAGUGCGACACUGAGAGCACGCGUUCGGCCCCAGUCAUAGGGGAUUCAAAAAACUGUCGUAGUAAGAGCGUCUCGGACGCCUACCCUGUGUACUCUGCUGGGGACCAGUCCCCACCUCGUCCACAGCGCCUUCGUCUUCCAAAGAAGCCCUUUGGGAUCAACCGCAGCGACAGCUCACCAACAACAGCUAUUCCGGUUCUGGUUUCCCCAUUCAACUACAGUCCCAGCAAGCGCAGCCAGAGUGAACCCCACAGCCCGGAUGCCGCUAGACGUCGGUUCCAGUCGCACCAUUCCUACAGCUUCCAUGAAUCCAGGGAGCACCGGCAGCGAUUUCAGCAGUACAAGCAACAGCAGCAGCAGCAGGUUCCACAGGAAGAAUAUGUGUGCAACAGUGAGGACAGUGACUUGAUCAGCCCAACAUUGUCAUCCAGGGUAACAACAGUCUGACGCCAUCUGUAAAAUUAGUAGCAAUCUUAGGGAUCCACAAUGUAUUUUCAACUUCUUGUUGGAUCAUUAUUUUAGGAAGUUUGUGCCAUGGUUGUAAGGUAAAUGUAAAGCAAUCACAUGAGGGGAGCAUCUAAAGUUAUUAUGCUUCCUCACUUAAGUGGGAAUGCAUACCGUUCCCAAUUGUGACAGCUUGGAACACAAGAAGUUCCAUGCCAGUUCCAACCAGGACUGCGCUGGGAACAUGGCUUGUUCCCACCAUUCUUCUUCAAAUGGAGAAUCUGAAAGUUGCAAGUUUUGAGAUUCCUCACUUUUCAAGUUGGCUUUAUAGGUUUCUGUGGUUGGUACUUAAGAAAUCAACAUCAACAAACCACCUAACAAGUUCGAGGCAUAAUUGAAAAACUGUGUCUCGUAAUGUACAGUGUAAAAAAAAAAUCAACAGAGAUCAAUUUGUUUCCUAAGUAAUACUCAUUAUUUAUUACAUCCAACAGUGAUGUGUUUUUACGUGUACAGUAAAAACUCUUUCAUGCAUGCUGAACUUCUAGAAAAUAAAAAAGAUAGAAUUUGAAAUGUAGGGUUCAACAAACUAGUUGAUGUGAGAGAAUGCUCAACACUUUACAUUUGCAUGGGUGUUGACAACAAUCGUCAUGUAAAUCAAACUUUCAGACAGUCUUGGAGGAUUUUAUACUCCAAAUAUUUCUGUAUCCAGUUGUAUCAGCUGCUUUUUCCCAUCCAAUUUUUCAUUGUGCAAUGAUUUAUAGAAUGUGUCAACUCUUUCAGUGCUCGAAACUUAUUGUUGCAUGCAAGUUAAAGGAAAGAGAACGUCUUUUCAACAGAGAUAUGAUUCCCUCUUUCAAUGAAAUUGUGCUUACAGUUUUUGACAUCUUUGGCAAACGUUUUGUAAUUUUUGUUAAUGCUGUGAUACACACAGUGCCUUUUUACCCUGCCUGCUUCAAAAGCAGGUUUCGUCCGGUGCCAAUUGACGUCUUUUGUGUAUCAACUUUUUUUUUCUACUUUGUAUCUUUUCUUAUCGGUUGAAAGAUUGUUGGAGAUCUCUAAAGAGUUGCUAUCUAUAAAAAUGUUGAAUAUUCAUGACUCAUGAAUAUUCACAUUUCCUUACUCUAGUUUUUGUUAAUCUGAUGACAGAUCCGUUUGUGCUUAAGGAGUUUGCACACGUAUACUUGCAGAUUUCAAUUUUUUGAGUGUAUCAUAUACUUUGGAGAGCAGAUGGUGUUGCCAUAGUAUGGAUAGACAUUAUUCAUUGUCUGUUGAUCGUAGACAUCUAUACACGGUAAGUUUGUGAGACAAAGAAUUUAUAGCAAACGUCUUAAGAUCAGUAUCUUGUGACCAGAGGGUUUUCGCGGUUUAAUCAUGGCUAGUUCAUUUAAGGAGUAUUUACAAACUUUGUUUUAUUGUAUCGUUUCCCACCGUGCUUUUAAAAAAUAAUAUCCUCAUUUCUGUAUCUUCCAUCUGUCACUGCUUGAGCAAUGCACAUACUGAAAAAAAAAAAAUCAUCAUUUGGUCAGAAACUUUAAGCCGCAUCACUAACACAUAACCAAAAAAAGAUGAGCUUAAACAAUUAUUUGGUGUGUUUAUUCUUAUUUUUAUAUAUUAUUUUUUUGGCCAACGACAGUUGAUUUUUUUUCUUUUUCUAUUUCCACCAGACCAAGUAUUGUACCUGUAUAUUUAUUUGAAUUCUUCCGCUCUCGAUGUACAAAAACCAAAAAAGAGAUAUUUAUUUAUUCAUGAAUGUAAGGAACGUGUAGCUGGGACAUUGGAAAGUAAGAAUGUAUUUAAGGAAGCAUCAUUGUACAGACGUGUACAUAAUGGUAUUAGUUGGACUGGUAUUGUAUUGUCGAUAUUAAGUAGUUGUGCUGAAGGUUGGAGGUCAGUUUUUCAAACCCAUGUCAUUAAUUGUCACAUGUGAAACCACUUCCAGAGAGCCGCCCAGAAGAACAUUUUUUUUCCCAUGGAAAGAACGGGAGCCUGUCAUAGCUACUCAUUUAAGCCGUGUUCACACUGGACUUUUGGGAGUAAAAGUAACAAAGACUGUUGUUACGGUUGUCAGUUGUACAUUCUGCAGCGGUAUGUUUUACAGGGCCAACUGGGUUGCAGAAGAAUUGACGCUGUUAGUUUCACACUUUCCACAUGCCGAAGUUCAUCAAAGUGCGGAUACACGGUAGAAUAACCACUAUGGAAUGUUAACAAUCACUCGCGGUAAUUCUUUUACAAAAUUAUAUCCAGUGUGAACAUGGCUUCACACCAGAUCGAGGCUGGUGACCAUGGUUGUUGCUUAUCCAAACUUUGUGUGCUAAGCAGACAAUCGUAGCAGCUCUGUGAACAGAAACCUUUCAGGUCCAGGAUACUCAUGUUAUUACACGUUAUACAUUCUGCGUUCAUUCUUCAUUUCACAUUGCAAGUGGUUCACAGUUGUAAACUAAAAUAUCAAACCAAGCAGGUCCAUUGGAUAUCGUGCAAAUGCUGUAUUUUCUGCUAAAAAAUAUACCAUUAUUAUUAAUCAUGGGAACCAUGUAUGUAUUUUUAUGAAUUGCCAAAUGAAGUUUUUAUAUUCCAAGCGAGGAUUUGAAACAAAGGUUAGGUGAUAGCGGGGAAGGCAAGGAAAUAUUUUAAUUCCCUGAUUUCUCAAUUUAUAAAUACAGACACUUUUGAGAAAGCCUCACCCAUUUUGGGGUGUGGCUCCCAUCGGUCUUCUUGGAAUCACCCAUGACAUAAGUAUCCAGAAACAUUGGACAGAACAUGCGAGAAGAAAUAUAUUUGAGUAAUUUCCAAAUAAUUAUUUUUGUUGAAUCCCAGGCUCAUAUAGUGUAUAUUACGUGUAACUAGUAUUGUUAAUUGUAAUUUAUGAAUUCCAUUUUAGAGGAAACCGUUUAGCUGCAAUAGUACCAUGUAUAUUUGUUCACUGUUGUCAACAUUUACGAGGUAUAUCUGUUUGUAGAUAAGUAAAAAAAAAAAAAUAGAGACCAUGCAAUGACAAUAAAUGGGUUUCAACAUAUGUCUGUGUAAUAUGAUGUAUUCUUGGUUUAGUAACAUAAUACGCGCAUUUAUUUUAUCAUGCAUUGGCCAGUAUGUUUUUUUUAAUACAUGGCAAAGCAGAGAGGGUGUUAAAAUCUUUUUCAAUUGUUUAGAUCUUGAAAUCGCUGCCACUUUUUUGACCAAUCGGCAACAAGCAGGCUACAAAUUUGUAGCAUUUUUAAUAUUCUUAUUUCUAUAUCUUGAGAAAAGUGACACGAGUUGCAAGUGCAGGCAGUUGAAGCUUGUUACAUUUACAACAACAAAAAUUGUAAGGAGGGCACUUCAAGGCACCUACAAACAUUUGCAAUGACGUGGAAAUGUUGUGUACCUACAGAUUUAACGAGAAAACCCUCACUCAAAGUAAAGAUAGGACUGAUACCAAAUACCCAUUGAAAUUAUUCUGCCUGAAAUGGUAUCGUUUGGAAAAAAAAACAACCAUUGAAGAUUGGUUAAGAAAAAUAUGCCCAUGUGCACAGUUUUACAUGCAUGAGCAAUGGAAUCCAGUUGCGAGACUCACAAAAUUGUGCAUAUGUUUUCUUCAUUUUCUCAAAAUUUAUUGUAUUCACUGAGCUGAAACUUCAACAAGUUAGUUGUUGGUUGGUUGUUAUAUGACACUCACCACAACUAUUCACAAUUUUGUCCAGUAAGGUUUAAGUUGCUGUAAUUAUUGUUGACAUUUUGUAAAUUUCCCUGCACGUUUCCCCAUGAAUUGGGAUUAUCUGUUGAAUGUAAUCUUGCCACAGCAAUCAAGAAAUUUUUGAAAUAACAAAUAUAACAGGUCUGAGUAGUGUAUAUAGUCACCAAUUUUAAUCGCCAAAUAUUUUUGUGCCACCAUUUCCACAUUGUCCCGUUACUGUAUUCAGAUGUGCAGAGUUUUCUUGCACCACGCUUGUGAUAUGAUUUCCGUACUUCUGUCAAAAUGUGAAGAUGAAAAAUUGGACACGCGUGUUACUGCAGUGCGGUAUCGUUGUAGAGCACUAUUGCACAAUUAGUCUAAUGACCCAGAGAGGUAUUCAGACAUGUGGGUCAUGAUCUAUCAUUGUUUGUAUUAAUCCCAUUGUUUGUUUAUCCCAAACAACUAAAUGUAUUUGUGAUUGAAUCUUUGAAAAUCUUUGGAAAAGAGGGAUUUCUCUAGAGGGAAAAAAGAAGGUAUUUUGGAUUUACAGAAAAAGGGAAAGGUGCUCAUACAAAAAUCUCAAUUAUUGAUAUGUUAAUAGUAUUUUUUUUUUCUCCAGAUUUCCUGGAUGUUAUCAAACUUUUUAUUCUUAAAAUUUUCAUCUGAAGCAUUUUUGUAUUCAUGAAACAGUUGGAAACCUGCGGUGGUUUCAUAAAGUGGUAAUCAAUGUAUUUAUAAUACAGGUAAAUGCUGUAAUUUGUACUUUAAACUUAUGAAUAUCAUGGAGCAGAGUGCUCUGAAUUCUGUGACUGUGAAAUCAGACAAUAAAAGAACGUGUUUCUUUUCAAAUGUA